GGAGCAUGCAAAGAAGGACGAUGAGUCGUGAGUCGUAAGUGGACCUCGAGAAGAUGAAUGCGGGAGUUGAAGUGGGUCCCGCGCCAAAUUCUCACGGCCUGACGGCAUUACCCGAGCGCGCGACGCGUCCGCCGUCCGACGCGGGUCGCGUCGGCGAGAACCUUAGCCAGCUUGAAGACGAACCACCAUGUCGUCCUCUGGAGUUGCUGGUCCCCCUCGGACAGAAACACUUCGUUUCCGUCGCCCGGAGACAGGUGAACCCAAGAAACCGACCAUUCGUCCUCUGCGCCAUACCGGCAUCUUGCAGGAUCAGGUCCGGAGAUCUGCCAAAAGGCCAUGGGCGCCAGACUUUGCGUGGGCAGUCCGAUGGCUGCUACUCAUCCGCUUCUCGGCUGCCAUGUACGCGAACAUCACUGACUGUGACGAAGUCUUCAACUUCUGGGAACCGCUGCAUCUCUUCGACCGUGGCUAUGGCUUCCAGACCUGGGAAGUUUCACCCGAAUACUCCAUUCGCAGUUGGGCGUACAUCGUCCUUCACUGGUUCCCCGUCCAAUUGUCGAAGAUCUUCAUCGGUCCUGACAAGCGUCCUGCAUUCUUUGCAGUCCGCGCAGUCCUUGCCCUCGCCUCCACCCUCAUCGAGUCCUACUUCUACCGUUCUGUGUACACACACAUCAACGAGCGCGUAGGAAGGUACCUGUUCUUCAUGUUGUCUUUCAAUGCUGGAAUGUGGAAUGCGGCUCCAGCAUUCUUGCCUUCGUCCUUCGCCAUGCAUGCGUGCACUCUGGCAUUCGCCUACGUUAUGGAGCCUUGUAGCAUCAAGAACAACCGGCGUACGCUGGCUGCUACCGUGCUGUUCGCAACGGCCGCCAUAGUGGGAUGGCCAUUCUCGCUUGCGCUUGCCAUACCCUUUGUGUACGAGGAGCUAUUCGUCGUGGGAUCGGACACAGCACACAAGGAUACCGCGAGCGUGCUUCGCUAUCGCUGGAUCCGCUUUAUCUCGUACACCCUGUUGGCCGGCCUUGUCGCGAUCCCCGUCAUUGCCAUCGACACCGCGGCAUAUGGCAAACUGACGAUCGUCCCUUGGAACAUCAUCAGCUACAACAUAUUCGGCGGCGCGCUACGCGGCCCAGAGCUCUACGGCACGGAACCGUGGAGCUUCUACAUCCUCAACCUCUUGCUCAACUUCAACGUCCUGCUGCCGUUUGCCCUGCUGUCGCUGCCAGCCCUGCUCCUCACGAAGAUCUUCGACCGCAAGCGUCUCGAUGAACGCCAGGCGAACCCGACCCUGAGCUUGGCACUUCGUCUGGCCCCCUUCUACCUCUGGCUCGGCAUUCUUUCUGCGCAGCCGCACAAGGAGGAGCGAUUCAUGUACCCGGUCUACCCGAUGCUCUGCUUCAACGCUGCCGUAGCUGUAUAUCUUGUGAAGGGAUGGAUGGAGGUCAUCUUCAUCAAGGCGACGAACUCACCGUAUAGGGCCGCGCAAACAUCCAUCUUCAGCAACUUCUCCUCUUCGGUCGUCCUCGCUACAUGCGUCCUCUCGAUUUCCAGGAUCAUGGCGCUCUGGUAUUACUACCAUGCCCCGCAGUCGGCGUACUUCCAAUUCGAGCACAAGGAACUUCCCCGUCUCCUCAAUGUCACCGGAAUUCUUCCCCCUCUGCCGCCUCACACUCGCGAGAAGGACAUGCCUCGUAUCGACCUCUCGCCCAUCAAGGACUUUAACCUCACCCUCUGCGUGGGCAAGGAGUGGCACCGCUUCCCCGGUCACUACCACGUUCCUGACGGCGUCCGCGUGGAGUUCGUCAAGAGCGAGUUCUCCGGCUUACUUCCGGGGCACUUUGGCGAAGACCAGGUCAAGGCGGACUACAAUGGCAACAGCGCCCUCGAUGGCUUCUGGCCGCGUCCCGUCACCCGGCUCGUCCCCGUCCAUCAGAACGACCUCAACAUCGAGGAGCCCAGUCAUUACGGAUCCGUCGAACAAUGCGACUACAUGGUAGACCUGGACUUCCCGCUGCACCCAUCGGAGUCGCCCCUCGAGCCGCGUUACGCGUUGUUGGAGGAGUGGGAGCGCGUCGCCUGCUAUCCGUUCCUGGACGCUCGCUUCUCACCGCUGGCGACGCGGGCGUUGUGGAUGCCGGGCGAGGUAUGGCAGCGGGCGAACGAGUAUGGGGACUACUGCCUGCUGAGGCAUGGUCAGCGGGUGGAAAAGAAGAUAGAGACGGUCUUGAGCCAGCAGAAGUGAAAGGCCCUGAAGUAUCUUAUCCCAGCAUAAUACUGUUACAAUAAUGUGCAUUCGCAGUCUUGUCUUGAGUAAUGACUGUACGCGUUCCUCGUGGACUGGAAAAGAGACUUGGAAAGGCGAUGAGG